GUCGAUUCGAAUGAAUAUUAAUUUGAAAUGAAGGACACGUUCCUGUGGAAAUAUUUCUCAGACAUCAUGCCGUCUCUGAUAAUGCCGAAGGACCCCCCUCUCAAGAGAGGUGAUGUUAAAAAGAAAGUGAGCAAAAGGCUGGGGCAAAAGAGGGAGAAGUACCUCCCCGAGAGCCUCCCCCUGCUCCUGCCCCCCUGUAAAAUCUGUGGGAAGAAGGCCUCAGGGAUACAUUAUGGGGUCAACACGUGUGAAGCAUGCAAGGGGUUUUUCAGGAGAUACUUAAAGAGGAAAGAUCCAUACAUUUGUGGUAAAGGCUGGAACUGCGACUUAGAGAGUAAAUCUAAGGGACCUCAUUGUUCAGCAUGUCGAAUGAAGAAAUGUCUUGCCCUGGGCAUGUCAAAAGAAGGAGUCAGACAGGGACGUUACACUUUAACAGAGAGAACAAAUCGAAUCAUAGCAUUCAAAAAAUCUCAAGAAAUGGAAGGUGAUGAAUGGGACAGUUGCAGCUCCGGAUGUAAUCCAGCUAAGUCCAUAAUAAAAGACUGUGAUUCUGGAUAUAAUCCAGAUAGACCCAUAAAAAGUGAGAUUGAUGGUAGCCAGACUGAUGUGAGUUGUGGUACCUCAAGUGGUACGGACUCGCUUAGUGAGCAUCUCCACAGCACAUUUUAUGACAACUGUUCUAAACAUUCAAUGUCACUCGAGCUUUCGAGUUUAACGAAACACAGUGGUGACAGCCCAGGUGAUUACAGUAGUGCAGAGUCUGCAUGUUCACCUCCGGGGAAGUGUUCAUCCAAGAAUCCAGAUUCCCCGGAGGGUUCGGAUUUACCUGAUGUGCAGGAAGUCGUGGAAACACUUGUGAAGGCAUACAAACAUUUACAACAUUUCACACAAUCAAUUAGUGAUGAGGAGAUCAAAAACAGGCUUGAAGUGGGAUAUGCAAGGCAUAAAGAUAAAAUUGGUCUCUUCGGAAAACUGGACCCCAUUCCCACCAAAGAGUACAAUGAGAUCUAUGAGAAGACAAAUAUAGACGUGGAUAGUCGCACUCAAAACUCCAGCACAAGACGAGAAGAGUUUGGGUUAGCCAUGGCUGACUAUGUAGCCUUCAGUAAUGAAAUUCCAGGAUUUAAUGAGCUUUCUGCUCGAGAUAAAGCCAAUUUAGUGAAAGCAUCUCGACUAGAUUUUUUCCUCAUCCUUGAGUACCGGGCUAAAGACCCUGAGACUGAGAUGAUGAUCUCAUACUCAGGCCGGGCUGUUCAUCUCUCGGAGGCCUGUGCUUAUCUCCCGAAAGACCUGCUGAAGUCUUGGUGGAAUCUUACUUACGAUCUCAGAAAACUACAACUAACUACCGAGGAGCAUGCAGUCCUUUUAGCCCUGUGUUUAAUGUCAACAGAUCGCUGUAAAGUAGAAUCCCCAGAGACAGUUCAAAAGAUUGAAAGUGUUCUAGUAAACACCAUAACCGCCCUCCUGAAGUCUCGCUACAAAGGGAGGGCAGGGUACCAGUUUUCUGCCUUUAUCAAUCUGCUUACUAAGCUUCGAGGAAUUAGUGAGGAAUAUCAUGCUGUUUAUCGCAAGAUUUGUGAGGACAAGGUCCUCAUAGCAAGGGCACCUGAAUUACUGGCCAUGCUGUUUGAUGAAUGACAGGGGCAUAAUUUGAUUCAAAUGAUUUGUUAACUGUUACUAGUGUCAUGUUUAUCUUGUGUGAUGAAUGAAAGAGGAAUGUUUUCAAAUAUGAUUUAUUACUCUGGAAUCAUUUUAAUUCAUGGGGGUCAGUGUUAGUGGGGCAUGGACAUGAUUAUGUGGAUAACUUGUAAACACAGGCAAUUUAAAGGGCCAAUAUGAUACCAAAGUUAUUGUUUAUGGGGAUGAAAAUUUAGUGUAAGGGCGAUCCACGGAAUUUGACAAUCAAUUAGUCCCCCAUGAACAAUGAUGACUCCAAAGUAAAUGAAAGUAUUGUUUGUAAAAAAAAGUUUUAAAUUCAAACUUAUGAAAAAUAUUUAAUGGUUCAAGAUAUAUAAUUGUAUAUUUUUUAUGUGGAUAAGCUUUCUUGUAUACAAUUAAUUUUAUUUCAAAAAAUAUAUUGGAAUUUCCAUUGCACACCUAUAAAAUGCAUGUCUAUCCCAUGAUGAGGAUGUAACACUCAUUAGUAGCAUAUUACAGACUUACUGUAUUAUGUACAACCCUGUGAUAAAAAGGGGAUUUUUAAACAUGAAAGUUGUUUUCUGAAAAAAAAAUUAUUUCUAGAAAUUUAUGUUUUAAACAUUGUAGUUUUUAACAAGUCAUCUUUACAGCAUUUUUAAAUGUUUUGUUUUUAUCCAACCUGCAAGAGGUUUUCCAAGAGUCAGAAUGCCUUAUAAAUAAAUGAAGAUGGAAUAUUUUGUAUGUUCAGAGUCUAGCAUGAGUAAUUUUUGAUCCAGUAAUCCAUAUUAGGGCCAUGCUCUGCGGGUGCUCUGUAGUGAUCAAUCUAGCUAUCUGUCUGUCCUGUAUCACUUGUCUGUAUAAUAUUUUCUCUCUCCUUGGUCCAAUCUGGCUCAUUUUUCACCCAUAGAGUGCUCAUGGGUAGAAGGUGAGCAGUAACCUUGAACCAAUUUAUAUGUCAAAGUUCAAGUUAAAAAAAACCCAGCUCUUUGUAAAAUCCUUUUCUGGAGCAUAUUUUCUCUUCCCAUGGCCCAAUCUUGCUCAUACUUCACCCAUAGAGUGUCCCUGGGUAGCUAGAGGGUAUGCAUUGACCUUGAGUCAAUGUUUUAAGGUCAAAGGUCAGGUUUUAAAAAAAAACCCACUUCAAUGUAAAAUCCUUGUUUGAGCAUAUUUUCUCUGCCUUUGGCCCAUUCUCGAUCAUAGUGUUUGUUGGCAGAGAGUGUGCAAUAACCUUUAACCAACGUUUUUAAUUAAAGGUAAAGACAAAAAAAGAAUCUGUGUAAAAUUCUUGUAGUGAGCAUUUUUUUGUUUCCCCUUGGCUCAAUCUUGCUCAUACUUUAACCUUAGGGUGCUUGAGGGUAAAGGAUGUGCAGUGUCCUUGAACCAUUUUCUUGAUCAAAGAUGAAGGUAAAAAAAUUCUUUAUAUAAAUCCUUGACCAGAACAUAUUUACUCCUCUUUUGGCCCCAUUGAAUCACGUAGUGUCCAUUUGGGUUAAGGGUAUACAGUGACUUUAACCAAUUUUCUAGAUCAAAGGUCAAGGUUAUGUCUGUGUAAAACCUUUGUCCAGAGCAUAUUUUCUCUGCUCUUAGUCCCAUUUGGCUCAUACGUUACCCAAAGAGUACUCAGGGUUAAGGUUUAAGUCAAAGGUCAAGGUGAAAAUUUCAGCCCUUAAGAAGUCCUUUUCAUCAUAAUUCCCUUUUACUAAAAGCAGGACCUUUCGGAAUGGACACCAUCUCAAUGAUAUCUAGUUGUGUCAUUUUUAAAGCUUCUUACAUUUUCCAUAUUAUGAUAUUGUUUAGAAGAUUGUGUUUCUACCUUUGUGUAAAAUAUAGUUAAUUAAUUUGUAUAAUCAUAUAUAGUUACCCGGUACAUUAUGCCAAAGUAUAUACUUGUACAAAUAUAGUUACAUCAUUCCAAAGCAUAUAUUUGUGUAUACUAAUUUAGAAAUAUUAUUCCGAAGCUUAUUUCAUAAAUAUGUUUUUAAAAAAAUGUGAUGUUUUGAAGUGACAAUGGAAGAAGUGAAAGGCAGCUGAGAUUUUGUAUCACCUUUUCUGUACAUACAAUGUUUUUGGGUGUAUUUGUGUAUCUUUACUUGGUAAGGUAUCAUAGAAUGUUUUUGGGUGUAUUUGUUUAUCUUUACUUGGUAAUGUAACAUAGAAUGUUUUUGGGUGUAUUUGUGUAUCUUUACUCGGUAAAGUAACACAGAACGUUUUUGGAUGUAUUUGUGUAUCUUUACUUGGUAAGUUAACAUAGAAUGUUUUUGGGUGUAUUUGUAUAUCUUUACUUGGUAAGGUAACAUAGAAUGUUUUUGGGUGUAUUUGUUUAUCUUUACUCGGUAAAGUAACGCAGAAUGCUUUUGAGUGUAUUUGUGUAUUUUUACUUGGUAAGGUAACACAGAGUGUUGUGUAUCAUUACCCUGGGUUACAUUUUAUUUUGUGAUAAAUGCACAAUGUAUCAAUGUGUCAAAUUUAUGUUUAUGUGCAUGAGCUUAAUCCACAAAAAAAUGAAUUUUUGAUGACUGUAUUUAUGACAGGUAAAAGAAACUUUCAGUUUGAUGUUUGUUGCCUAAAGUUUGCCAAUAUUAGAGCUUAAAAUAUCUUAAAAUCCAAAUGUUGGAAAUGAAACAAACAAGUUAGAAUAUGAUUAUGUUGCCUUUCUUUAAAAAGAAAAGGAAAAAAACUAAUACUGUAAGUAGAAUUUUUUCGAAUUUUAAGGGACAGAAUUCUGAUGAAAAUGGAUUCAUCAACAAAAAACUCAAACUUGAUCUCUUAGUCAUCUGUAUAAAUGUACACCAUAAAAAUCAGCUGAUCACAUGCAAGCAUAACAAAAAAGUCUAAAUAACAAUAAGUAAAUAAUUAGAUUUUUUUUCCUUUUGUGUAAAUAGGUCAAUCAACACGAAACUCAUGACUUGAUCUGUAAGUCAUCAGUAUAUAAAGAGAAAUUAAGCUCAUUAUCUACAAGCACAGCAAAACAGUAAAUGAUUUGAAUUUUUUCAAAGUUUAAAAGGUACAUCUUUUGGGAAAAUGUAUCAAUCAACAUGAAGCUGAAACAAAACCAAAGAUUAGCUUAAUAUUAUAAGCAUGCAAAUAAGCAAAAUACGAUGGACAGAGCAUAGCAGUCAAAAAAAUUCUCUUCUUAAGAAAUGCAGAGCCAUAACUACGGUUAUUGUAUGCAAGCAUCACGAUAAGUGCAGAUUUCUGUUUGUAAAAAGGACCCUGGGGCUGGGUUUGGAUAGCAUGGCCAAAGUAAGUCAUUUCAAUAUACAAAAAAUUAAAAUUACAAAUUUGUGUGGAUUUCAGUUUGUUUAAAUUAUUGGGCUUAGGGUGAGGAUGCAAUGUGUGGGGGUUUAGAUGUACCUCAGUUCUUUAUAUGGUAUAUUUAUGACUUCUGAUGCUGUGAGUGUAGCAGCAAUAGCAAAAGUGCCAUAAAGAUUUCAUGUAGAUUAUGUUUUGUAUAAUGCACAGUUGUGUUCAUUCUUUAAUUCAUUUGUGAAUGCAUGCACAUCUAAAUAAUUUCUAGUAAUUUGAUAUGGUGAAGAAUUUGUGUUACAUUUAGGGUAUUGUCCAACAAAACUAAAAGAAUUGUAUGCUUUUCUAUAUGAAUAAUAAUAAUUGUAUAUUUUAUAUACUGUAUGUUUACUUAUUUUAAGCAUAUUCAAAAUUUUAUUUAGUGCAAACACGGGUUGGGACUACUAGUUUUUAGCACUUCAUAAUUAUAAACCAGCAUUAUAAUUUAUUGGUGUUUCUAAGUCUCAUACUAACAUAAUUUUUUUUUUUGUGAUAUUCUCAAAUUUGUAGAUGAAGGUUUGAGACAAUAUAGUAUGCCAUUUACUAAAAAUGUCAAUAAAAUAAGUUAGAAUACAGUGUGCAGCAUAUCGUAUAUAUCUCUUCAUGAAAUGAAAUAUAUUGACAAUCACAAAUCACUAAAACAUUCGUAUUUAAUUUAUUCAUCCAUUAUAUAUGACUAUCUUCAAUCUUCGGUACUUGGAAAGAAAAAAAGGCAAUAAGAAUAUUAAGUAAAACUCUUUUGAAGAGGUAGUGUAAAAUGUGGUAAAAUGAACUGCUUUAUUAAAACAUACAUUUUUUUUAAAUUCUUAAAGUAGCACUUUCUCCAUAUAAUGAUAAAUUUAUACUGAUUUUUAAGUUAAUACCUAGGUAUGUUUCAGAAAAUAGUGACUUAAAAAUCUUGUUAUCUAAUCACAGUCACUAUGUACAUGUAUAUACAUGUAUAUUUUUUUUCCGAGUGUUUUGAAAUGGAAAUGAUAUUUGUGUAUGUCACACAUUUAUUUAAACAUUGAUGAAUGUAGUAAAAUUUAGUUAUACCUGGGUAUCAAUUUAGAAACUCCAAUUUUUUGUGCACUUUGUUAAUUCAUAUAUUACAUGUAAUAUACUUCAGUCUUGCAGUUUGAGCUUUGAUUAUUUGAUCGGUCUGCACCUGAAACAUUGACUUGUUUAUAUAAAAGAAUUUUUAAUGUUCUUGACUUUUUAUAGGAGUUUUUUAAUACUGUCCUUCAUGUUCUUGGCAUUAUUGUUAUAAGGAUUCUGAAACCCAAUGGUAAAAUGCUGUUGCAUCCAUGUUAAAUUUUUAUAUUUUAUACAGAGCAUCAAUUAUGAUAAUUAUAUGACAGAUUUGUCAGUUUCAUUUAGGUCAGGUUAUAACAGAGCACAAAUAGUGCCCAUUGUGAUCCCAACAGAUUGUUAGAAGACCUGGUCUCCAGUUUUAUGAUGUGUUAUUGGUUUGUUUAAGUAUAUGCCUUAAUUCAGGAAAAUUCUCAUUGCUGUAUCUAUUACCGGUGAAGAUUGUUACAAUCCUUUUUAUUUGAUAUAUAAUGUUGAUAAUUGUUAUAUAUUUCCCGUAAAAUCAUUAAUAAAUCAGAUGAUACAAAAAGA